AUGUUUGGCCAAGGACAACGCAAUUUCGCCAGCCUCGCGCAAGGCGAUCAUCCAUCUCAAGCCUCCCAGCGAGACCGGCGUCCUCCAAUUCUCCUGCCGACAUUCGGUGGUUUCUUGGCUGAAUUGCGCCAGUCUGCUAUUCCGCACCCUGCUGCACACGAUUCACCAUCUGCUCUCCGCGAAGACGCUCCCCAUCACGUCGAUGUUUCUGUAACGGUGCACCAGCCCCGAAACAAGGGGCAGCAACUUCGAGAAGAGGAUUCUCGCCUGGCCGACGAGCAAAAUCAACUUGAGUUACAACAUAGGCGAAUCACUCAUCGACGCAAUCAGAUCGCGGAGCAACGUGAUCAGCUGAUCGAAGAGCUCACCAAGCAGCUUGACGAGCUCAUUGAAGAUCGUCGUCGACUCACCAUGCAGCGUGAUUGGCUCCACAACGAGCAUCACCAGCUCACCGAGCAGCGUGAUCGGCUGAGCGCCCAGGUCGGUCAACUCACUCAGCAGCUACAGCAAAUUACUCUGGAGCGUGACCAGAUCGACGAAAAAUACGACAAUGCCCUCAGAGAGCGCGAAGAGCUCCACGCAGAGUGUAUUGGGCUUGGCCGCGAGGUCAAUGGCGUCAGAGACCUGUUGAUGCAGUACAUCCGCCGAAGCGCCGACGCUACGCAUGAUGGUGCUCGGAUCCGCUACGAAUCUCACAAGAUCACCAGAGAGCUCAACCAGAGUCGAAUGAGACAUCGCCAAGCGUUGAAAGUCAUCAAAGAGCGUGAUAAAACGAUCGAAGAGCGCAACCAAGAUAUUCAAACCUGCGACCAAUCGAUUCAGGACCUGCAGAAGCGACUGAACGAUCACGCUGCCAUCUAUCGAGUUCCGACUCCCACAGAUCUCGAAGCAGUGCCCAUCCGCAUUGAGCUGCACGUCUACCACGGCGGCCCGCUGGCCAAAUCAGUUUUCGAGCACCCAGAAGCUUCUGUCGAGCGGCUCAUUCCGAACGCGAGUGAUUUACAGUCCAUCAACGCGACUGUUCUCGGCCUCGCGGCUCUUUGCGGCAUCGAGGCAGGGCCCACACUCUUUACGGUUCAGACGAAGUUCGCUCCGGUGGGUGUCGAAGACGGCUUUGCCGCAGUCAUGGCUCCAGGUUACAGGAGUUGGACAGAGAAGCUCAAGCGCCAAGUUGAGGCUGGUCAGGUGGAUGCUGCUCGAGUCGUUGGAACUGUUAAGGUGUAUACGACGGUCAAGAACAAGCUCUCGACUGACGAAAUCAGCAGCUUGAGAGGCUUUCUGGGACCUGUGGUGCAGGAAUUCUAG